CCUGGAAUUCGGUCAGUCAGCAGCGGAGCUCCGCUCUCAACUGCGCAGAAAACACACCGCGAUGGGCGGACGGCGAAACCGACUCGAAUAAUGUGUUUUCCGCUCUAAAUCCCACGGAGCUGGGGUCUCCUUUUACCAUCAGACACCGUCGUCUUCAGCGAACGGACGACAGGGAACACGACUGACCAUCCUUUACCCGGAUUUAAAAAGGGAUUCCUUGAAGCGAAACUCGCCCAUUUUUUUCUGGAUGCUGUUUUUUUGUUUAUUUAAACCCCGAAAUGCUCAAUGUCUGUACCCUCCAGGCCCCAAACGGCGGAAUACGAAUAGAAUGACUUCUUGAAUUUCAUUCCUUUUCUUUUUUUACGCCUCAAGCUACCUCUUCUUUGUAUCGCUCGUUCUCCUUCCCCGUUCUCCUCCCGUCUUCCCUCCCCGAGGCCACUCCAACGGAUUCUGCUAUGGUGGAUUCGAGUGCGAUGAGGAAGACGUUCACGGUGCCGGAGAUAAAGCCUUUGGAUCAGUACGAUUUCAACCGAGCCAAGAUAUGCGCUAGCUUGGGAUGGCUGCUGGCUAAAUCAUACGGCACUGCAGAGAGCGUGCCGGCUGAGCUGCGGGAGCCCUUCUACCGUGACCAGUAUGAGCAGGAGCACAUCAAGCCGCCCGUCACCCGGCUGCUGCUGUCGUCCGAGCUGCACUGCCGGGCCUACAGCCUGCUGCCAGGGGCUCGCACCCGCGCCGGCGGUGAGGGGCCCCCCAGGGACGGGGCCACCCUUCUCAGGCUCCUGGCCAAGCGGGGCGUGCCUCCCAGAGACCGGGAUGCCCUGGUGACCGAGGCCGACCUCCGACACAAGCCUAUCAAGAUGAGCGCCCACCUGGCAGUGAUUGACGCGCUGAUGUCGGCGGGCGCCAUGGAGACGGUUGCUGCGGUGAAGAUGCCGAGCGGAGUGGAGCAGCUCGGGAGCGGGGCCGGCUGGGAGAACACUCUGCUGUACUGGAUCAACAGGUUAAAUCAGAAGCUGAGAGAGAGCACUGAAGGAGACCCGCCCCAGAGAUCUCCCCCCAGCACAGACCUGCAGCCUGUCCAGCCCUCUUGUCCCACCCGCUGGUACUGGAAGCUGGUUCCUCAUGCCAUCGCUUUUUGUUUGAAGGAGUCGGGGAAUAAGCCGCCAGUGAUCCGCUACAGGAAGGACAAGCUGCUCCCCAAGCAGACUCCCACCUUCCCACUGGUGACCGGGGUGAAAGACCUCUCCAACGGCUGUGCGGUUGCUGCGGUGAUCCACUUCUACUGUCCGGGGCUGCUACGCCUGGAGGAUGUCUGCCUGAAGGACACCAUGUCGGUGGCAGACAGCCUGUACAACCUCCAGCUGGUCCGCGACUUCUGUGACAGCUGUCUGAAGAGCUGCUGCCCCCUGCUGUUGGAGGACUUGCUCUACACCCCGCCAGCACUUCGGGUAAACAUCAUGAGCUUCAUGGCGGAGCUGUUGGAUUGGUUUGAGGUGCGCAAGCCAGACUUCGUUCAACCCCGAGAGACACUGGACCUGUCAGAUGCCUCAGGGCUGCCUGACUGCACCACUCCCACCAGCGGGAACAGCAACAGUGCCUCUCCCUCCUUCCUCUUCAAGCAGCCAUUCCUACCCAUCUCCUCACCGGUGUCUCCAGGGGGUGUGCAAGAGGGUGUAGGAAGAGCAUGGAGCAGGAAGCAAUUAAGUCGCCCCCUCUCGGCGGUGUCCUUCAGCAUACCAUUCGGCCUGGACAGUGACGUGGACAUCGUGAUGGGGAACCCUGUGGGGGUCAUCACCCGCUCUGUCAGCUCGGACAGCCUGACCCCGGCGGUCCCGGCCAUGACCCGUGCCCCUUACACCCCGCCCGAGGACCUCAGCCACCUGCUGAGCAAGCCCCCCGGGGGCUCCGCCCCCCAGAACGGGCCCCUGGCCCCGCAGCGGGCCUCCUGGGGCACGCAGACGCCCCCCCUCCUGCCGCGGGGGGAGAACGGGCUGGAGGGGGCGGACCUGCCCACCAUCGAGGAGGCGCUGCAGAUCAUCCACAGCGAGGGCAAACCCGAGCCCCGGCUCCGCCCCGAGGGCGCGGCCGACGGCUUCUACCUGCACUCACCUGACGGCCCCGCCCGCCUCAGCAGCUCCGCCCCAUCCCGCUCAGGGAUGCUGUACCGGCCCGCGGGGGAGGCGGCGGAGCGGGACCGGGGGCGGGGGCAGGAGCGGCGGCGAUCCAGGCGUGCCUCCGAUGCGUCCCGCGACGAUGACUCCGUCCUUCGCGACGGCAGCGUGGACUCGGAGGACGCCUCCGAGGAGCCCCUCCCCAAAGCGCGGUCUACCCCAGCCACGCCCGCCAACGCCCCCCACCGCCGCCGCGGGGCUGGCGACGAGGCCGACAGCGGUGUGAGGAUGACCAGCUUCGCUGAGCGCAAGAAGAAGCUGGCGGUGGACACGCCCCCUGGCGACGGGGCCCCGCUCCUCACCACCUGGGCACAGCGGGCGGCGGAGGAGGACAGCCCGAGCCGCAGUCCCGCCCUCAGCUCGGAGAUGUCGGAGCUGGGGGCGCGGCUGGAGGAAAAGCGGCGGGCCAUCGAGGCGCAGAAGAAGCGGAUCGAGGCCAUCUUCGCCAAACAUCGCCAGCGGCUGGGGAAGAGCGCCCUCCUGCAGCUGAAGAAGCAGCAGCAGCAGCGUGAGGAGGGUGAACCGGGCGAGGGGCCGGCCGAGGGGGCGGAGGACGAGCUCAGCAAGCUCACUCUGGAGGAGCGGCUGGCCCGCGUGGAGGCAGAGGCCGAGGCCGAGGCGGAAGGGCUCCCCCCGGUGGACGACCCGGGGAACUGCAAGCCCCCGCCCCGCCUGGACAAGCAGGUGACCUUCUCCAAGGAGACACGGCCCGGCGAGGGCAAGGCAGUAUGCCUGGAGGACAAGGGGGUGGGGCCGGAGGAGAAGGAGCCACUACUGGGGGACUACAACCUGGCGGUGUCCCGGCUGAACGCGGCGCUCAGCUCCCUGCAGAGCGACAUGCAGCGGCUCUCGCAGCAGCAGAAGCAGCUGAUGAGGAGGAAGACGCUGCCCGCCACCCAGGCCUGGGUCAUCCCCGCGGGGCCCAAGCCCUCUGCAGCCGGGCCCCCUCCCCCACGCCUGUCCAGGGAGUCCACUCGGGACCUCCCGUCCGCCACCUCCUCUCCCUCCCCCUCCCGCCGGGCCACCAACCACGCCGCGUCCCCCAAAUCCCCGCAGGCCUCCCACCGGCGGGCACAGUCGGUGCCCCCGAAGAGCCCCAAGCACCACCAUGCCCGGCCGCUGGACCUGAAGUUCCCGCCGCUGGCGCGGGUGCUCACCCCGCCCCAGAACGUAGACACCCUCCCGCACCUGCGCCGGGUGUCGCCCAGCCAGUGCCAGGUGCAGACGUCAUCCUCCUUCAGCAUCGGGGCCCCCAGGGGCCCCCAGGACCCGCGGCCCCCGCCGGGGCCCCUCCCCAGGCCGGCUGAGGACAGCUCCUCGGAGACGGGCUCCAGCGAGGACCCCGCCAUCUUCAGCCUGGAGCUGGAGGCCCCGGUGGUGCGGCCUCCGGGUGGGAGGGGCCCCGGAGGGGGGGGCAGCAGCUCGGGGGCCCCCUCAGAGUGCUCCUUCGAGAGCGACGCCCCGGUGGCCCCCGGCUGCGGGAAGCGCGGCAGCCUGAUCGAGAUCUCGCUCUCUUCCCUGCGGCCAGGCGAGGCUGGGGCCGAGGAUGCCGACGCCGAGGGGGCCGAUGCCUUCUCCGACUCCAUGAGCGACCAGACCGAGCCCGAAAACCGCAGCGGCGUCGGCUUCUUCUUCAAGGAGGAGGCUCCUCCCAGGCCGGAGGAAGAGAUGGCCCAACGGAGGGCAGCGCUGCUGGAGAAGCAGCAGAAGAGAGCGGAGGAGAUGAAGAGACGCAAACAGGAGCAGGAGAGAGAGAGGGAGGCCAGCAGGCCCCCGUCGUCGGAGGAGCCCCGGGCGCGCUGGGCGGAGGAGCGGCCCGCGGCCCCCCGCACGCCCCCGCCCGACGGCACCCCCCAGCGGCGGGGCGACUUCACGCGGCAGGAGUACCAGCGGCGGCAGCAGCUGAAGAUCAUGGAGGACCUGGACAAGGUGCUGCGGCAGAAACCCACCACCGUACGCGGAGUCAAGAAGCAGCGGCCCAAAACCGUCUUCCGCGACGACUCCGUCCUGUCCCGCAGCCCCGCCAAGGGAUUCAUGGGCUCCAAGCUCAGCAAGGUCUACUCCCACUCCUCCCUCAACUUGUCCUCCAUGGCCAAUGACAGCAACAACCACAAGAAGACCCCCAGCCGACCUAAUUCACCCUCGAGACUGAUGUCACCGAGCCGACUGGCCAAUCAGAACGGAGAGAAGGACUGGGAGAACGCCUCCACUGCCUCCUCCCCAGCUUCAAUCCCAGAAUACACCGGGCCUAAACUCUACAAGGAGCCGAGCUUUAAAUCCAACAAGUUCAUCAUUCACAACGCGCUGUCCCGCUGCUGCCUGGCGGGGAAGGUCAACGAACUGCAGAGGAGCAAGAUUGUGGAGGAGAUGGAAAAGUGCACGGCGAACCACUUCCUGAUCCUGUUCCGGGACUCCAGCUGCCAGUUCCGGGCGGUGUACACCAUGAACCCAGAGACGGAGGAGAUGGUGCGGCUGACGGGCAUUGGCCCGCGGGUGGUCAGCGCCUCCAUGGUGGAGUCCAUCUACAAGUACAGCUCCGACCGCAAGCAGUUCACCGCCAUCCCGUCCAAAACCAUGUCCAUGAGCGUGGACGCCUUCACCAUCCCGGGACACCUGUGGCAGAGCAAGCGGCCUGGCACACCGAAAAAGCCUGGCACGCCCAAAUAAGGAUAUAAACGUGCACCCCCGCGUGCGCUGGACAGCCCCCGGCCGGCCUCCUCUCUCUCCCUCAGGCAGAAGGGGGGGCUGGGGGGGGUGGGGGUCGUUUGGUCGGAAACUUUGGAAAAGUGGAAAAUGGACCACCAGGGGGCGCUGAAGAGACAGUGGUAGUUUCCCUGUCUUCUCCUCUGAGGAGAGGAACUGAUACAGAUUGAUUUUCUGUUCCACUGCCUGACUCUCUGCCUGUUGCAGAGAACCUAAACCUCAGUCCUUCUCUCUGAAGGGGUAGAUGGAAAAAGGGGUGGGGCCAGAAAGGGCGGUCCCCUGGCACACCCCUGGGGAAGACCAAAAUGCUGAACUCAAUGUUAACCAUCCAGGGCCCCUGCUUUCCAAACCACCCCCCUCCCACACACACACACACACACACACACACACACACACACACUCUCUCUC